AUGAAUGAGACACAAGAAAUUGUUACUGGAAAGACACAAACGAUUAUAAAACAGAACAAUAAAAUUCACAAUGAAUUCAGUAAUUUUGUUCCACAAACUAUCAAUAGAAACUCCAAGGAAAAAAUUCCAAUAGCUGAUGUAAUACCACAGAUCAUUUCAAGUUGUAUAAUUCAUUGUAUAGUUAUAAAAGCUGGUAUAAACAUGGCAUAUAGUACUGUUUUACUAAGUGGAUUAGAAUCAGAUACUGAUCAAAUGCUGAAGAUGACUGAAAACGAAGAGUCUUGGAUAGCAAGUCUAGUUACAAUAACAUUGCCAAUAGGAUCUUUAAUUGCUGGGUUUCUGAUGGAUAAAUUUGGACGCAAAAUGGUUUGUUUAUUAUCUUGUAUUCCUGCAGCAAUAUCAUGGAUUUCAUUGAUCUUUGCCAAAUCCUUAAUUACCAUUUAUGCGGCUCGAGUUAUAGCUGGAAUUGCAGCGGGCUUAACAACUGCUGGUGUGGUUUAUAUAUCAGAACUCACACAUCCACAAGUCAGACCAAUGCUUCUAUGCCUUAAUUCCGUGUUUGUGUCGUUCGGUAUAUUGAUUACUUACUGUCUAGCUAUAAUGUUAGACUGGCGCAAAAUGGCUAUAAUUUUCCUUGCAUUAGAGUGUUGCAUUUUUUUUACACUUUAUUUUGUACCUGAAAGUCCUUACUGGCUUGUGUAUUUUAAAAAUGGCAUAUUUGAUGAAAAACGAAUUCGCAAAAUGAAACACAAUUUAAAACGACUUAACAGAAGGCAAACAAUUUAUGAGGAAGAAUAUUCACGAAUCAUGGAGAUUUGUGGAAAUCGUGUAGCGAAUGACGAAGCAUCAAAGAGCAUCACAGUAUCUAUAAAAAAUUAUUACCAUAAAUUUAUAUCUCCAGAAGCCUAUAGGCCUAUACUAUUACUUUUUUUUUUUUUAUUGCAACAGCUAUCUGGUUCCUACUUAAUUAUAUUUUAUGCUAUUUCUGUUUUUCACGAGAUGGGUGAAAUGUUUGGCCAGGGUUUGAAUGAAAACGCUGCACUUAUUAUGUUAGAUGUGUACAUGAUGUGAGCUGAAUAUAUGAUCUUCUACCUUACACGUUUGACAAGUGAUGCUUCACCAUAACCUAACGUGUGUUGACAAUAUCUGCAAUUUCUUCUCAGUGAAGAGGAAAACAUCAUCAAGAGUAUUUUCAGUAUCGACUACACAACAAUUAAUAUAUGCCAAUUACUUGGUAAUUUUCUUCAUGAUGGUAUAUUCCUAAAAAA